GGAGUCGAGUGGAACAGAUCCGAUAAUCAAAUCCGUUGUAAAAAUGAAGCAUGAACAAGUUGUUGUUGAUUAUUGGGCCAUGUUGAAGACGUCGGCAUUGUGUUUAUUGUUGGUCAUCUCGGGCUACAUAUUCCUCAGAAUGGUGCAAACUAUAUUUUGGCUGCCCAAUCGUCUCAAGCAGAAUCAAGAGCGUCUGGAGGCACUUGCCAGACAAUAUGGUAAAGACAUGGAUCCGGAAGAGCGAGCCGAGAUCGAAAAGAUCUUCAACAGUAAAGAGCCACUCACAGAGCAGCAAAUCACCAAGUUGCUAGAUGGCUCCAAGACCGAUGAACCGGAGCAGACCAAGAAGGAGCUGUAGAUGUGAAAAAGCACUUUCUAAGCUUAGCAUAAAUUGUAAACUACGUAAGGAUUAAUCAAAUUAUUCGGUUUGUUUUUAAACAAU